AUGAGUUUUGAUUUUGAAGAGUUUGAAACGAGCUUUGAAACAUAAAAGAAAAUGUUAGACAACAGGAUAUUGUAGAUCUAGAAGUAGAAUGAAACUCUGAUGCAACAACAAUCGAUUAAAUAGGAUUAAUUACGAGAAAUCAAAUAGGACAUGAAAUUAGAGUUGUAGGAAAUUAAAUAGAUCAUCGCCGCUCUUGAAGACACUGCUAAUAGAGAUCAAAAAUUCCAACUCAAACAAUUAAAAUAAAAAGUGGUCAAAUUUGAGGAGCAGCACAAAGCUAUAGUCAAAUAACUAAUAAAAUAAUCGAUUUCUGAACAGUUUGAUAGGUUGUCGAUGCAGGAAUCACAAUUCGUUUAGGAUAAUCAGAUGACUGAGUUACAAAAAGGGCAAUCUAAACUCAUGGUCUCUUCAAAUUCAAUCCCAAAUAGUCUUCCCAAAGACAAUUAAAUAUUAAUUGUUCCAUCUAAGAAAUAAAGUGGAUUAUCAUUAUCUUUAAAAUAACCACUUCUUGAAUUAGAAAAUGAAUAACUCUAAGAGAAAAGAGACUCUAAUGAAAAGGAUACCAAGGAAAUUGAAGAAUAAGUUAAUAUAUAGAAUAUUAAAAUAUGA